ACACACUUGAGCAGCUAUAGUGUCUAUUAGAAGUGGUAAUCUGAGACUCUACUUCCACCCACAAUACUAUCGACUAUCUAUCAAGCCCGUUGACACUCGAUAAUCGGCACUACCAAUCAAAAUGCGGCUCACCUCGAUCCCAAUCGCCCUCCUUCUCUCCCCUCUAGCUCUUGCAACGCCAAACCUCGUCGCAGAGAGCAACAAUUCUAUCCUUAAGCGCAGCCCGUCACCCAUGCGGCCACUCGUCGCUCGCCAGUCCUCGGCGUAUAUUCUGGCCCGCUCUCCCCAGGACGACGAUGGAGUGGUCUGCGACAGCGACGAGAAACGAUGCGGCAAUGCCUGUGUAAAUGAAGACUACAACUGUUGUCCAGACAAUGCAAACGGCGGGUGUCCGAGCGACGAAGAAUGUCAGAGGGAUAACGGGGUCUGGGGGUGUUGUCCUGAGGGCGAGGACUGUCGCUGGGAUGAUGACGACGACGACGAUGAUAGGAAUAUCUUCGAUAGGAUCGGGGAUGGAAUUGAUGAUAUUGGCGAUGAGAUCGAGGAUGGAUGGAACGAUAUCGUGAAUGACGAUGACGAUGAUGCGGCAGGGAUGUUGAAGCCCGGUGUUGGCGUUGCGUUGAUGGCGGCUGUCGUGGCGGCAGUGUUGCCGGCGUAGGUCGCUGGGGUACGGCUAUGGUCAGGAUUUGUGGGUGGAAUUGAUAUUGUAUCAUACAGCGUUGAUGUUCCAUGAUGAAUUGUGUGAUGAAUUAUGAAAUCUGAAGUUUUGCCUCCCCCA